UAAAUUCAAGUGCACGAAUGAUGAUGAAACGGACAGUUUGCUUGUUGUUGUUUUUGACACAAAUCCGGUAUGGUGGGGCCAAAAACUUCUGGGCGAAAAUGAGCUCGUUCUCUCUCAGUGCAUCAAUGAUAUCCUUGCAUUUGCAAACUCCCAUCUCAUGUUCAGUCAUAAGAACAGCUUAGCCAUCAUUGCUGCCCACACAAAUAGAAGUUAUUUUCUGUUUCCAAAACAGGAAAGUCCACCCAAAACAACAAUCAGUCAAGUUGAGAAUGGUGAUGAUACAUCCACACAAGCACCAUCAAAAGGAAAAUAUGAACUAUUCUGUAGAAUGAAUGACACUGUUGCGGAGGAACUUCAUAAUAUGGUGCUGGACAGUUCACAGAGAGAAGUGUACACAGAUUCAUUGGUUGCUGGUGCUCUGUCAAUGGCAUUGUGCUAUAUACAUAGAAAAGAGAAGGAACAUGGGUUGCGAAGUGGUCACUCUUCAAGAAUAUUGGUUGUACGAGGCUCUGAGGACAAUCCUUCUCAAUAUAUGAACUUAAUGAAUGUCGUAUUCACUGCCCAGAAACAGGAUGUACUGAUUGAUGCUUGCAUACUUGACAAUGAAUCUGGCCUUCUCCAGCAGGCCUGUGAUAUCACAGGUGGCAUCUACCUCAAGAUACCUCAAGUUUCCGGACUAUUACAAUAUCUACUUUGGGCAUACUUGCCCGAUGCAGACACACGGAAGAUGUUGGCCCUGCCUCCUCGGGUCCAAGUGGAUUAUAGAGCUGCCUGCUUCUGCCAUAGGAAUCUCAUUGAUAUAGGAUACGUCUGCUCUGUGUGCUUAUCAAUUUUCUGCACAUUCAGUCCCAUUUGUUCAACCUGUCAGACAACAUUCAAGAUUCUUGGUCCUCCAAAGUUUAUGAAAAAAAAGACAAAGAAGCCAAAUUCUUGAUGGAAAGGUUUACCGUGUAUACACUCAUACAAGGUCACAUUGCCUUGAAAAAACAUUUCUCUAAGGACAGUUCAGUACCUUUAUGAACUUUGAUACUGUUUAGGAGAAUGUAAUUGCAUUAUGGAGAUCAUUUUGGUCUCGUUGGUACCAUAAGAAGUAACUACGACAUAACUUCAGAGGUGGUUCCACUACUUUACUGUGGAUAUUUUGUAACAGAACUCUUAAUAAAACCAUUUUUGUGUACA